AUGGCUAACAAAGAGUUCUACUUUGCGAUUAUCGGACAUUCUGACCAGCCAAUUUUUGAGAUGGAUUUUCCGGCUGGUGAAAGAAAGACCAAAGAAUCAGAAGGGACACGUCACUUGAAUCAUUACAUUGGGCAUGCUGCUCUUGACAUUGUGGAUGAGCACGCCUUCACCACUACUCAGAUGUACUUGAAAAUGGUGGAUAAGUUCAACGAAUGGUACGUUAGCGCAUUUGUCACCGCGAGCCGCAUUCGUUUCAUUAUUCUCCACACUCACCGUGCGGACGAAGGAAUCAAACAGUUUUUCCAGGAAAUGUAUGAGACGUACAUCAAACAUGCAAUGAAUCCCUUCUACGAAAUAGAUGAUGUUAUCGAGUCAAUCGCGUUUGAACAGAAGGCUGCACUCUAUGGACGGAAGUAUCUUUCAUAA